GGCAAGGUAACUAAUUUCCCAAUUCCCACUUAUGUACCAUCAUAUUCAUCACUCCUGUAAAUUGAAAAUGGUGGAGAAAUUGUUUAAUGGAAUCCCGUGAUUAACUCAUUGCCUUCCUUGCAUUUGAAAACGACUUGUCAUCUUCUUUAACCAAACCCCACCAUCCCCACCACCAAACGACGUCGCAUUUCAUCCUUCUUCUUCUUCUCUCUCUUCUCUGUUAGCCGCUUCUUCUGCUGCCAGUUGCCACCCCUUUUUUGUUCCGCUUUCUUUUGUUUUAUUAAUUAAUUUAAUGUUGAAUUGAAUGUUAAUUAAAGUGUCAGAAACCCUCUACUCAAAAAUCCCAGGCGAGGAGAGAGAAAACCAUCAAAGAGAAUGAAUGAAAGAUAGAGAAUUUCCGUACUCUGUACUCUCUUGUCUACUUUGUCCUACUGUUUUAUUUUGCAGGAAAGUCCACCCCUUUUAUUUUGGUGAGGAAAGACUAAAUUUCUAGCUCGUGGCAUGGGUGUACCUGGGAAAUGGAUUAAAGCGCUGGUUGGUCUUAAGAAAUCUGAAAAGUCUCCGUCCUCGGAGAAUGUUGAAAAUAGAGCAAGAGCAGUUGGUAAAUCUCGCCAUCGCAGAAAUCAUUCCAUCCAGAUAGAUAAUAACGCACUUCAAGAAGAACAAUGUCAAAAUAAUGACCCUUCUGGGAAUGCGAAUGUCACGCUAGUUUCUGACACUGCUGCCUCCCCCUCUACUUCUACCCAAAUACCGUAUGAAGCUGAAGAACAGCAGAGAAGGAGAGAAGAAUGGGCGGCCACAUACAUUCAAACUGCUUUUCGUGGAUUUCUGGCUAAGAGAGCUUUAAGAGCAUUGAAAGGAUUGGUUAGACUGCAAGCACUUGUCAGAGGGCAUGCUGUGAGAAAGCAAGCUGCAAUAACACUUCGGUGUAUGCAAGCUUUAGUGAGAGUUCAAGCUCGGGUACGAGCUAGGCGUGUGCGUUUGGCAUUAGAAGGUGAAACAGAACAGCAGAAAGCUCACCAACAACUUCUACAGGAGGCACGUGUUCGAGAAAUAGAGGAAGGAUGGUGUGACAGUGUUGGUUCUGUAGAACAAAUACAAUCUAAGUUGCUGAAAAGGCAGGAAGCUGCUGCUAAGCGUGAGAGAGCUAUGGCGUAUGCCCUGGCUCAUCAGUGGCAAGCAGGAUCAAGGCAGGUAGCUGCUACUUGUUCUGGGUUUGAGCCAGACAAAAAUAGCUGGGGUUGGAAUUGGCUGGAGCGAUGGAUGGCUGUACGUCCAUGGGAAAACAGAUUCCUUGACAUCAAUCUCAAGGAUGGUGUGAAGAUACUUGGUAGUGAAGAUGCUGAAGUUACCAGUGAGACUAAAACACAGCCAAAAUCUUCUGGGAGGAAGCCCCUGUCAGCACAAAAAUCUAACUCUGACGAAUCUUCAACCAACAAGUCUGCAAGCACCCAAGAUGCAUCCAAUUCAGUGUCAGUCAAGCUUAAGUCCAAACAAGUUCCCAUUGAAGAAGCCAACUCAAGACCUGCCGCUGGCUCCCGGUCCCGCAGUAACCCAAAAGAAAGAGUUUGUCUGAUAGGACAGGACCCAAAGUCUCUAAAGCGUUUGUCUUUGCCUAAUAACGGAAAUCAAGGGGCACAAACAGCCAAGACGCUUGCUAAAACUGCUAUUAAAAGAAAUCCUGGAACACGAAAGCCAAUCAAGGAUAAACCUAAGUCAGAUGGACCUCCUGUAAAUUCUGUUCAACAACAGGCCAUCAAUGUUUAGCCCAACUGCACCUUGUCUCAGUCAUUUAUCAUGGUGUCUCCCUUUAGGUGUAAAUAUGGAGUGGCAUGAACCAGGGAAGGAGAAAAUCAUGCCACUUCUGGUGAGCUCUUUUGGUACACCUACCCGCCCGGUGGUAUAGAGAAUACAAUACCCUAAUAUAUUGAAAUAAGUAUGCGAUUGGCGAUUGGCGAUUGGCAAGGACUUGGAAUGUGUUGUAUUUGUGUGUGUGUUUUAUGGUGUUGUAUUUAUGUAAUUGUACCUGUUGUAUAAUUUAAUGUGUGUUAUACGAGCAAAAUUAGUCUUUGACACUGCCCUUCUGUUA